AUGUGGAUGUCCAGUACCCUAGCAGUUAGGGUCAGCGUGAUUGCAGCAUGCUUGUGCUUGCUGAACUUCAGUCGCUGGGAUUCAGAGGUUUGUGCAUUCGCCAAGCCAUUGCAAGGGCAGGUAAUCCCCACUCAACGUCAUGUACCGAUCGUGACCAUACAAAGCGGUUUCGAUGGAAGCAUGUGUGCUGGGACAAUUAUAAGUCAGAGAACUGUUCUCACAACUGCUGAAUGCCUCAAGGACCUUGGACAAAAUCCCAUUGUCCGUGUUGCAGACAACGAGGGACAGUUGAAUCAGGAAAUGAAUGUCGCAUCCACGCAUUAUCACCCAGCCUGGACAGGAGCCAACGAUGUGCACAAUGUUGCACUGAUGAAGCUCUUCACGCAGAUCCCACAUCCAGUGCCAGUGAUGGCUGUGUCUGACUACGAGAUGCUACGUGUUUCCAGUGUUAGUUGUGCAAUUUGUGCACCCAAUGCAAACGCUCCCUCUCUUGCAAGGUAUCAAGUCCAGGCAGCUGAUGACUGCCUACUUUCUAGGGAAUUAUGUGAGGGCACUGUUUGCCUGUCCCCAAAGGAGGCACACCCGGCCACAGUAUGCCUAGGGGGACCUGUGCUUGUAGUUGACAGUGAAGACAAUGUCGCACUGGACCUAACCGUAGCUCUCGUCGUUUCAAGCAACGCAUCUGGGUUGCCAGGGCAUCAUGUUGCUCUGAAGAUCAGCCAUAUCCACGAUUGGAUUCGCAAGAACAUGCAGCAUGAGGCUGUGGGGGGACCUCUGCACACCCUUGAAGUGUACACAUGUCUGCUGAUUGCCGCUGCAUGCCUCUUUAGGGUGCUUCGUCAACUGCACCAGCAACACAGAGGCAGCCCUAAUGUCUCCACCUUGUGA